AAGGAAAGAAGAAAUGAAUCUAGAUCAUUUUCUGUGGAGAGCUUGAAAGUACGAGAGAUCAUUUGCUGUGGCACCAAAGAAUUAUACAUGGACGAGACACAUCGCCAGCGCCAACCUCUCCAACUUUACAACCAUCUCACAAAAAUGUCGUCGUGUAGAAGUAGAGACCGAAAAUCUGCUUGCCUGGCAGCAUCUUCAGUCUCUCGCUUGCCUCUCUUGGCCCCGCGUUCCCCACGUCUUGCGCUUCUCCCGUUAUAUCUGAUCAGCUGCAUAUUCGACGAGCGCAAGGACUUGACUCUUGGGGUCCGAUUCUCGACAAGACGCAUGGCGCCACAGAGCGGCGACACGGUUUCCUACGGUUUUACAGGUAGUGGCACCGUAGAGGGCAGUCCCUUUCGUAAAGAUGGCGAAGAGAAAGUCUCUGUGCGGUAUCGCGAUAUUGGUGGACACGUGACUUACGAUCAAGUGCCGGCAAAAAGCGUGGUCGUCAAGUCCACCACAUUUACGACGAGCGUCAUCUUAUUGCCGAGCAAUUUAUAAGGUUUCACAGCUCGCAUGGCAUGGAGUGCAUGGAUCACAUGGAGCAGCAUGGAGCUAAAGGGGGAGCUUCUUGCGCCCCUUAAAGCUCUGCGCUCCAUGCUACUCCAUGCACUCAAUGCGCCACGCGUGCAAUAAACUACUCUGUUAUGGAAAUAUAGAGAAACCAACCACACAAGCACAACAAAACGACGGCGCUGGCCCGGCCGCCGCUCGAUUUUCGAAACAAGCGCUGCGCAUGUGUGACAGGUGGGGCCCUGGCGUAGUUAGGCGCGCAGCACCGAGCGAGACGCGAGCAAAGGCGCCCCCGCCCUCCGUCCCCGGAAUAGUUCGCGGGGGCUCUGUGUUCACAUUGUGCCCGCUGGGGUAUGUUGUGCGCCAAGCUGUGGGCAGGCAACUAGAAAAGCGCCGCCCGUGGAGCUUCGUAGAAAACUCCGACGAAACAAGAAGACCCGCGCGAGGGUACAGCGCGGGCAGUACUUCUAUAAGGAGAGAGGCGGCAGCGCUGUAGCCUCUCAGGCACGCAGGCAGCCCCAAAGCUGCCGGGUGAGAUUGGCAAAGUGCGCGGGAGAGGGCGCUUGUAUUGCGCAUCGCCUGCGCCUGGUAAUCAGCGACCACGCCCGGCGAACUGAGCUGAGCCCCAGGGCACGUCGGCACCGGAGACACCGACGAGGAGGAACACGGCGCAAGGGCGUGCACCAAGCCGGACGCUGCUGAAGUGAAGGGCGAAGAACGUGCGCGGGGGCAUCGACGUGAAGGGGCUGGCUAGCUUAUGAAGAAAACCACACGAAAAAAGUGAGCACCGCGCCGGGCGUACCCAGCCACGGCGCAGCCCCCACCGCAUAGGGCUAAAGUAUUGGCCUAUUUCGGAGCAAAACUCGAAAAAAGGCCAAGGACUUCUUCCAAGGAGGUAAAGCGGGGAAAGGCUCCAAGGGGAUGAGGGUGACACGCGUGCGCGGCUCUUGUCUUUUGCUUAUGGCAUGGAGGAGGGGGCGGCCCGUUGCAUAUGCAGCAGCAGCCCCAUACCGCGAACUUCGUUCGUUGACUCUGGAGCGAAAAAAUUUAAGGGGGAAGCGAAGCCAGGGGCGUCAUCUAGCCUUGUCAGCUUGGCGAGGUGAAGGAGCAGCGGCGCGGCAUUUGGGUGCAAAUCCAAACGCGGGGAGGGGCAUCGGGGUCGGAUCGCUCAGAGGCAGAAAGGCGCGGGGAACCCUUUCGCCCAGGCGGUAGGGCUGCGCAUUUUAGAGCAGCUUGCCACAGGCGAGCUAGAAGAAAAAGAGAAGCAGCCCAGCUGCAGAGACGUGAAGGGGAAGCGGAGCAGCCUAGUAGACUGGCGGAGCAAUAUCGGACACCUCCAGGAGGAGUGGCAAGAGCGACCCUCAGGGGAGACGCGUGCGCCCCUUAGGGUUUGGCCUUUGAUUGGGUCCGCGCGCCUGGCGUGGUGUAGAUGCUCCUUACUAGGGUCGCGGAGGGUUUUGCUGACUUCGUCUCUUACUCUUUGUCUUUCUUCAACAUGCCGAAGGGGGUCAAUCGGUGUCUGUGGCAUUCUCCAAGCAGAGGCAGGGGCAAGGGGGGGAGCGUCGCUCUCGCUUCACUCAGAAAUCGGCGCAGUCGUGGUCGGCCUUGCCUCCCUUGCUCUGAUUGCUGUUUUUGUAUGUAAGAAAGUACCUCUAAAAAUGUGAGCUCUUCCGCGUCAUCGCGGUCAAUACCGGCUGGCACGAGGGUAAGAUGGGGAUGGGGUAACGAAGGCACAGUUCUUAUGGCUCCCACGACAAGCUCAUAGACUACUAUGGUACAACGUCGAAGGCAAUGCCCUGAAUAUCAAUAAUUGGCUGGGUGUCUGGUGCAAAGAUAGAGCUCAUUUUCGUUUGUGUCAGCUGUCUGGCCGGCUAGCUCCGAGAGGGAGGCACCGGACUCAUUAAUAAGAUCUAGGUAAGUAGUUAUAUUUCAUGUAUUUCUAUUUGCCUCAUUGCCUAGUCUCUCUUUCUGACUCAUCGAAGGUGGCAUCCGUAGGAAAGUAUAAUUACCACAUUGUUUCAGUCAGCUCUAACGCAGAUUCAUCAUCGUCGUUUUACCGCGACGGCGCUGAACGCGUGUCCGUGCGAAGUCGCGACAUCAGCGGCUACGCGACAUACACCAACGUACCGAUCAAAGACCUUCGGCGAGCAUGAGGAGAAGGACGAGGAGGAGAAGAGAUCGAUACUAUUUCGGAACUGUGAUGCAUCGAGUUUAGUUGGCUAAGCGGGAUAUCACAAGUGUCGUAAGCGCCGUGCGCCUCUUCAACUUCGGCUUCGGCUGCCGCUUCAUCUAGCCACAAUGAUGUUGCCGACGCUGCGAAAAUGAAAGACGAAACGGUGUUGAACAAGGAAGGUCCAGUGCUUGGGGCAGAAAACCAAAAUUCGAUUACCAAUGACUUGGGUCUGAAGGGCGAUCAUAAAUAUACUAUAUUUAUAGGAACUCCACUUUGUAAAGUGCAUCGAACCGGACGCAAUCCUAAAGAUCAUUAGGAUUGUUGUUUGCGAAACACAAAAUUAUUCUCUGUAUUGGUUUCCAAUGAAUCAAGAAAUAUCUUCGAUCCGCACCAUUGAUUGAGAUUCACAGCAUAUUCAUCGUACAACAUGAUACGACAUUCAUACGAGUACAACAUACGUCGACAUACACACAUGAUUAUUGCCGCUGGAGGAAUUUCCCGAGUCUGCAUGCAUAGUAGUGCUUAUUCGUUCACAACGUCAAUGCACUGGAUCUGGCAUCAUGGUAUGUUGAAGCAACGGAUGAGGUUGCGGGUAGUUUGUUUUUCCUGAUCAUGUUGUACUUACAACGUGGGUAUAAACACGUAGGAGUCACAGCCACCGCGCUCUUCUGCGCAAACGAAGGAAUUUGGAGCAAGAGCAGAGUCCACAGCACCGGCGAUGACGUGGGAGAAAGGAC